UUAACUGCGCAGUGACGGAUGCUAAUGUAAUUUACACAUAUACCCUCCGUCUCCUUUCUUCUCCGUCUGACCAUCGUAUGAUUCGUAUCAUAAGCCGCCACGAACCUCCCGCCUCGAGAACUCUGCCGCCGAUUAAGCAGAAAUCAGAAAUGGAAGAUGCAGCCUCUCCUAAUUCAGGUUCCGAUCUGAACCUCGGAGGGAAUCGCGGUAGAUCUAUCGAAGAAUGCCAGGACAUGAUUCAGCGAAGUUUCCGAAACCCGAUUGUGAAGUUUCUGAUGGAGCAGAUGGAGAAAUCUGGAUGCAGAGUUGGUGAUAACUUCGUCAAGGCCGUUGUGUGUACUGGUCCUGUUGCUGGUGGCUACACUAAAGGAAGAGGGAUCACUGUGUGCAGUAACUAUCUGACCAUUCAAGAUGAAGUGAACCAAGUGGUUAUACAUGAAUUAAUCCAUGCUUAUGACGAGUGCCGUGCCAAGAAUCUGGAUUGGACUAAUUGCGCUCAUCAUGCUUGCAGCGAGAUACGUGCAGGUCAUCUAAGUGGAGACUGCCAUUUCAAGAGAGAGCUUUUGAGGGGUUUCAUUAAAUUAAGAGGCCAUGAACAAGAAUGUAUAAAAAGAAGAGUGUUGAAAUCGCUUCGUGGCAACCCGUAUUGCUCUGAAGUAGCAGCUAAAGACGCCAUGGAAGCAGUGUGGGAUACUUGUUACAAUGACACUAAACCUUUUGACAGAGCUCCUUAAAAGUAAUACUCUCAAGAGACUUACUCUUGUUCUAUGACCAUCUUUGAAGAUGGAGAUAAAGCCAAAAAAAACUGUUGGAUCAGCCAUUGAUUUUUUUGUUUGUUUUUUCCGUAUUUAUUUCUCACUAUGGAUGAAUAGUUUGUUAUGAAUCUAACGUUACGAAAUAAAGCUUGAAAUGACAGAAGGUUGAUGAA